CGCACAACCUGGACCGCUCGCGCGCAUUGCCAAUAAAACCUUCGUAUGCGAGCAGGAUGGUCAAGAACGGAGGCGCUUGUCUCUAUAAAGAGGCGCGGCUAAACAUUGAGCCUGCCUUCCCUGGGUCGACCAUCUCAUUCACACUCCCGGCGCACACCACCUCGACCUUUGGCACGCGCACCACAGCGAAGCGCACCGUAAUCACAGAACAGUGUGCCGACCAGGACGAAGAAUCGUUUACGCGCCGCAACCUAGCUACGGAUGGCUCCCUGUUCUUCCGACGACACCAUGAAUACCCGCGGACAUUUCUUUGGCGCGUCUUGGACAACAGGAAGAUUCUUGAGAUACAGGCCGCCGACCUAGAUCACGACUCCAGCCAUGGCUUCGAGGCCAACCUCACUCUUUUGCUCAAGUUUCCUUCGCCGAUUCGCCCAUUCUGUAUAGCAUUCGCAGAACCUAACGACCGAGAUGCGCUGACCGUCUUCGCAAUUACCACCGCAAAUGAGCUCUACACCAUCACUCUUCACCGCGACUUCUUUACAAGCCCGGCAGCUUCGGAGCAGGAGAUCGAGAACUGGUGCAAGACGUCAGAACCGGUGCUUUUCGGCGGGCGCAUUCCGUACAGGCUCGAGAGCCUAGCCAUGGACGAUCUCCUUGUUUCGCUCGACGAUGGCGCCAUCUGCCGCCUGCUAUGGGAUAGGGACAACAAAGUGUGGGACGGGUCGCGGUACCAGAACAGCAACUGGUCUGUCCGCGGUCUUCUGUCGUGGAAGGCGCAGCCGACCGUCAGGUUCGACAAUGCAGAAUUCGCUGCCUCCGCAGCUGCAGCUGUCGCGCUGUCUCCAGACAAGCAGCACAUCUUGUCAGUCUCUCUGGACCAUACACUACGAGCAUGGAAUGUAGCCUCAGGUAAACCAGGUGCGCAGACCGAUCUGCUGGGCCAGUCAGACCGCGCCUUGGAAAGGGUCAACGGCAACGGCAACGGCAACGGCAAUAGCUCUUACUUCAUCGGACCGUCGCAAUCGAAGCUUAUGGCUGUUCUGGAUAUCCAGGGCGGUGUCGAGGGCGCCAACUACCAUAUUGUCACAUACUCGCCAAAACAACACCAGUUCAGGUUUUGGGGUGUGCGAGAUGGCGAUGAUCUGCACAACGGCAUUGUCGAUAUCCAACCACUUGUUGAAUUUGUGCCUCCGAUCGACGAGCUCAUGAACACAACCGUGUGGUCUAUGGAAGAGUUCCAUGUCAUACCUGGCCCAGCCGGAACAUGGAGGGGAGCAGAGCUGUGGAUUCGCGCAAGAUCUGGACCGAGCAGCAGAGUCUACUCGUUGAAGUUCGACCUCAACGAUGAACCCGACAGCCUGGAGAGGAUCUGGAAGCAUGAAUGGGUCUCAGUCGAUGCAGGGCCACUGACAGUGGAAGGACUGAAACGUAGUCCCACCUUUCCUGAUCAGCAAGACACCGCUAACGACGAUGUCGACGCAUCUGGGCAGUGGCUUGACUUCUUGUUCUACCCUGGGCGAUUCACCACAGCCACAUUGGAGACCGCUCUGAACAUCUUUGCUAGGGGCAUCGGCAGGAAGCGGCCAAGCAGAGCAGUCAGCACAGGGUCUCUGAAGGAGCGUAUCUGUGCAGCAGUAUCACUACUUGCAGUCAAGGCACCACAUGGUGCUCGCGAUGCAGAUGACUUCGAAGACUCGGUUUCUGCGCAAUGGCAGGCAUUUUAUGGCUUGGUAAAGGAUCUACACAAGCGAAGAGGGGAGUCCCUCUCACUUGUGUACGAUGCAGAGACAUCUAUGCCCUGGCUGGUAUUGAGCGAUUACGUUUCAGCAAUCCGUACUUGCAGCGAGCUUGAGCUUACGACACUGAAUGCAGCGGCGCUUACCAGCACGCAGCCUCUAUCCGGACCCCUCGCCAGGGCCCUGGACAAAUCGACACCCGAUGUGGCUCGCCUCCUGAAUGCAGCCUCCUCAUUCCGAAGGAGGCUUCCUUCAUUUGUACAGCGCGGUGUCGAACGCCAACUCGAAGCCGAUGCGCUCCAAAGUCGUUCUCUUACAGUCAUCGAUCGCAUGGAGUUGAUAGAAUCACAGAGUGAGCUUGUACAGCAUGUGUCAGACGAGGAUCUGGCGCUUAUUGUCGACGAGCUUGGAACUGAGAUCAAAGACCUCAGCACAGAAACAUUCCUACAAGCCAUCCACAUCUUGGCCUACGAAGAGCAAGGCCGACCCAACAGCCGAAAGCAGCUCGCACGCUUCGGUCUCAAUGCACUGCUCCGAGUCUCGCAGGAAACACUCGAGCGAGACUAUCACGCAGUACUAGACUUACUGGUGCUUUUGCUGGUCAUGUUCGUUGAGCUCGAAGGGGAAACCCCAGAAGGCUUUGAUGCAUCUGAGGUCUUUGUAGAGCUGGCAGCGCAGUUUAGAGAUUACAUGACAGUGUCAUGGCUGGCCCGGACAGUUUGGUCUCACCAGACUUCCACGGGACCUGCGUCGGAGGCGGUGAACCGAACGCUGAGCGAGAACCUGAAGACUGGCAGAAAGCUCCCCAUUACACAGACCGUGAUGGAGGGCAUCUAUGGCAUCCGGUUCUUCGAUUUGCCUCUGCCAAAGGGUCUGAAGGCCCGCCAGCUCACCUACUGGGGUCGCGCUUGGGUGGCGUCGAUGUUCAGAGAGGAAUCUAUGUAUGACUCUGUCGUCGAGGACAACAUGGGCAUUCUACUCUAUCAGAAAGAAUACGAUCUAGCCCUGGAUUUUGCGAAGUUUCUCACCGACGGUAACUGGGCUACAUACCUGAAGGCUCGGCUGCACGUCGCUCUGGGCGAGAACUCACUCGCCUCUGUCUACUUUCAGAAGGUGGCAUACACUCUUGCAUUGGGCAUGUUCAGCGUCGAAGACGCCGAUUCUGCUGGUCUCGUCUCCGAGACUGACCGCAACCUGUUCUCCGAAGGUCUUGCCAGAUACUACAGCCAUGUCGUGGGCCUGUUCGAGAAGGUCAAGGCCUACUCAUACGUAGCCGAGUUUGCACAACUUGGUCUUCGAUCAUUGACAGGCCGAGAGGAUCAGGAAACGAAGACCGAGCUUCUUCAACGUCUGUUCACUGCCUCAAUACAGACAGCUAGGUUCCAGGAAGCGUACACGGCGAUGACCCGGCACAGUGACGCAGCCCUAAAGCACUCGUCUCUCCAAACCCUGAUUACCUCCAUGGUCGGACAAUCGCAAGCUGCCGCUCUCCUCAAAUUUCCGUUCGUCGGCCUGGCAGACGAGGUAGACACGAUUCUAUCAUCGCUGUGCCACAAGACGCUGAACUUGGCAUCCGGACCUCCAUACCACCAGAUCCUCUACUCUUUCCGUAUCUCGCGCAACAACUUCCGCGGCGCGGCCUCGAUUCUACACGAACGACUGCAACGCCUGAAGACCACCUCAUCCAAGUUCCAAGACCCUGCGGACGACUCGUUGAUACAGUGUUAUCUCAUGAUCAUCAACACGCUCUCAUCGGUCAACAAGGAAGACGCAUACAUCCUAGCGGAGCAAAAGAUUGAUGAGAGGGGUCCGCCACAGUGGGGUCUUGGGAAGGCAAAGAAGCUGCUGAAGAGGCAGAUCGUCACGCUUGAUACACUGAGGAAGGAGUACCAAGCCGAGCUUGACCGGAUAGCGGCGAUUGAGAGCGGACAGUUUCCCUUUGUAGAUCCGGCGGAUGACAUGGACAUUCUAUGAUUGUAAGACAUAUUGCAGCGCGGCGUUCUGGGACCAAAGAUAGGCAUAGCAGGUU